AUGGCAGGCUCAACGUGGAAGUAUAAUAUUGGCCUGCUGCUUAUUCUUCUUGUAGUGUUCAUCUGGGUUACCUCUGCUGAGGUGACACAGCUUAUUUUCGAAAAAUACAGGCACCCGUUCCUGCUCACGUGGCUCGGUGCGGCACUGUUGGUCAUCUACCUCCCGAUCGCCUACCUUAGGGAGUGCAUCACCCCUCUAAUAAGCAAACCUAGUUCCGGCGUACCCGGCGCGACCUCAAAAUCCCAUAAGGAUCUCAAGAGUCACUCGAGCGGCGGCGAAUUGCAACGACUUAAGAAUGAGCCUCGGCAUCACAAGAGGCCCUCGAAGCCUCCACGCGAGAUUGAUGACAACUCAAUGGAUGAAGAAAGCGACCUGGACACAGAAUUGCUUCUUCAAAAGUCUCUAUCGGAUAUCGCACAACCCGUUCGUACCGCCAAACUUUCCACCCGGGAGAUCAUUAAGUGUGCUCUCGUCCUGGCACCCCUCUGGUUGCUUACGGAGUACCUGUCAAACGCCGCUCUGUCAAUGACAAGCGUGGCCAGCACAACCAUUCUUUCGUCGACUUCAGGCCUUUUCACUCUCCUUUUCGGGGUUACUUUAGGAAACGAGAAGUUAACAACGGCCAAGGUGGUUGCAGUCCUGGUGAGCAUAGCUGGGGUGGUCAUGACUGAGCUCGGCAAAAGUACUGCAGCGGAUGAUAGCGAGGUGUUUGGUGACGAUGCAAGAAAUCCUGGCGAAGGAGCUGGUCAAUAUGUGUUACCGAGUCAACAUCUUGUUGGUGAUAUAUUUGGCCUCCUAUCUGCAGUUUCCUAUGGAGUAUACACAACUCUUCUGCGCAAGUACGUCGGUGAUGAUGAAGCAGGGGACGAGAAAGCUGAUAUGCAGAAAGUUUUUGGGUACAUUGGCCUGGUUACCUUACUCGGGCUAUGGUGGAUUGUUUUUCCUCUUCAUGUGUUUGGAUUGGAACCAUUGGCCGUUAUGCCUAGCACUGUCAAUCUCGAUGAGGACAUUGUUGCCAACAGCCUUGUUGGCAGUGUGGUCUCAGAUUAUUGCUGGGCGUUAUCAGUUGUAUGGACAACACCUCUUGUUGCCACUCUGGGCCUGUCCUUGACCAUCCCACUUGCCAUGGUCGCGGACAUGGUGAUGCAUGGCCGACAGUACUCAUUUGUGUAUAUUCUUGGUUCUGUCCAGGUUUUUGGCGGCUUUCUGAUUGCAAACAUGGCAGACAAGUGCAUGGGUGGUCCUGCGACAGAUCAUGAAAGUCCACGGUUCGAGAAGGAGAUGAUUGAUAUCCUCAGGAGCCCGAAAAUAUCACCUUGGUGGGGCACUAGUUCUCCCAAGGUAUGCUUGCAUUUCUGGGAUAGUGGCGCUGGUAUGGCGGAAGUAGCAACGGCUGUGAUUCGCCGCGGAGGAGCCGGCGGGAGCAACCGCGUCACGGACGGUGAUCUCGAGAGUUUCCUGUUCGGCGACGAUGGCGACACGUCAGACAUCGGCAAUCGCAGCCGUCGAUCCAGCCUCAGCUUCGAGCCGCUCACGGCGCACGACGGCGACGGUGCUCACGGCGGGUCCCGCGCCGACAAUCACGGCGGAGGUCACGGUGGGGGACACGGCGACAGAAGGCGGAUGAGCGUGGAGGAGAAGAACGCGUUGUGGCGGGAAACCGUCCGCGCGCGCGUGUCGUUCAAGCGCGGAGGGGGAGGGUCGCGGGGGGAGCCGGAGGUGCAGGAGCCGCUGGUUCCGCGGAGUGGGGAGCUGGUUCCGCGGAGCGGGGAGCUGGUUCCGCGGAGCAGGGAACUGGUGAAUUGGCCGCGGCCGCGAACGCCGCCGUUAGGCACGGAGAGGGGGACGGAGAGGGGGACGGAGCGGAGCGGCGUGUCAGGGAUCGAGACGACUCAUAGGAGCGGCAUUUCUGGCACGGGAAGGGGAACUGAAAGGGGAACGGAUAGGGGAACGGAUAGGGGAAUGGAACGAAGCCCAACGGCUAGCGGAGCAGAGCGGAUUGGGAAAGGGGGUUCGAAUAAGGAGAAGGAGCGAGACGCGGCGAUGGUUGCAGCUGCGGCAAAGGUUCUGUCGGUGUCUGCUGCUGCGGCGAUCUGGGGCGGGAGUCAGAAGGAAGGAAGUACCGUGGGCACGGGGAGCAAAGUGGGACCCGACUCAGACGAUGUGUCUAAAAGAUCUGGUACUGCCUCGACCGCAACACCCCUCAAAGGAGCACCCCCACCGACGGACUAUGACCCCUCGCAGGAGGUCCCAAUGGGCAAGCACACGCACAUCCUCCUCCCAGACGGCACCUUCAAGGUCCCCACGGGGGAUGACCAUGAUGCUACCACUGCCACGGGGCAGCACACUGCUACGGGGAGGAGCAGUGGUGGCGGGGGCGGGAGCAAUCGGCCGGUGAGACAACCUGCUGUGCAUUGGGAGGACUGGGCGAGCGAUGAGGAGGAGGACGAGGAGCAGAUCGAUGCUGUCAUGCUGGAAGACAUUUACUUCAAGGUCAAAGCAGCGGAUAAGCGACUAGACGAUUACAAGAACCUGGUGUCGUUCCUGUGCUUCAUCGUGCUCUACAUGGUGGUGCUGUACAUGCAAGCCGACUCCACGGAUGGGUUUGAGGUGUCCACAGCACACAACAUUCUCCUCCCUUCGGGGGCAUCAGGCAGCGAGCUCAACGCUAUGAGUGGUCCGGAUGAAAUGUAUCAGUGGGUUAACGACAGCAUAAUACAGGUGGUGUGGGAGGGGCCGCAUUGCGGCAACAGUGUGUGCGACAACCCCUUGGAGUACGCAGCGUUCGGGCGGUUCGGGUGUGAGGCAGACUGCGGGGUGUUUGAGAACGUGACCCACGUGGUGGUGCACAUCCACUCGUCCUUCUCCUCGCAGUCUGACAAGCAGGGCAGCUCGUGGAACCUGUGCAUGGUUCAGCCCACCAACCUGUGCUGGUUCGAGGAGCCUCAGGUGUUUUCAGAGCUCCAAUCGGAGGUGGCGUUGGACCUCUUCAUUCCGGACGGCGACUGGCAGAUCAGGCUCGACGCGCCGGGCGGCGGCGUUCGGGGGAUAGUGCAGGUGGUCGGCGCCCUCAGCAGCAACGCCACCCUGCAACGAACCAACAGCAGGGGCGGCCGAAGCAACGCCCGAGGCUCGGCGACAGGCUGGGGAACGACUUGGAGCGUGUCAGGCAACGGAGGAGGGUCGGCGGGGGUGGUGGAUACACCCUUAGCAGAGCUAACAGACCUAGGAGCGAGUAAAGACGUGGUGGUGUCAUGGGGUGGGUGUGCGACGAGUAAAUCAACGGUGGAGAAUGGCCGAUCGGCGGUGCUGGCUAAGAGGCUGUAUGGGUGUAGGGAGACGUGUGCUGCGAUGGCAGCGUGUGUGCUGGGCGCGUGUGAGAAUGUGGGGGUGGAAGAGGCUUCGGGCAUGUUUGUGGACUGUGCGGUGGUGUGCAACAUGGCGCCCUUUACAAUCACACAGUACAGCAACUGGACGUGCGUUGAGGAGAGCACACAGGCAAUCACAGGCACACAAGCAGUAACAGACGCGUGGGCAGCUCUAGGGCCCACGGAGCGGCAGCGGUGGUUCAACCUGCGAGUGGCUGUGAGCCGCGCGCUCUUCUCCUGGGUGGGGGAUGCCUGCCUCGCUAAAGUUUUCUUGGCCGUGUCUCUCGAUGCUGCCACUCGUGCUCGUGUUUCUGCAUUGUUCUGUGCGCUGCUGCACAGCCCGGGGGAAGCGCAGGGAGGGCAGGGUGCUGCAGCUGGCGUUGGUGGUGGUGGUGGUGGUGGUGGUGGUGGUGGUGGUGGUUUUGGUGGAAGGCUGGAGAUUACUGAUACGGUUUUGACGAACGGAGCAGCAGUGGAUGGUAACCUGCUUGCCAGCAGUUUGAGCAGCAACAGCAGCAGCUCGACUGGUGGUGGUUUGGUCGGCAGCAGUUUCAGCAGCAGUUCAUUCGACGUCGCAGCAGUGGGAGGAAAUGGCUGUGUGCUCGGCCCGUUCACUUCUGUUGAUGGAUCCAUGGCUGCUGCUGCUGCCCACUUCGCCUUUCACGACUUCCCCCCUGCUCCUCCUCCUGCUUCCAACAACACCAACACCAACACGACUGCUACUAAUGAAACCGCUUCUACCAUCAGUGCCUCUGCCCUGCUCUCCAAGCGUCUGCACAUGUCCCGGGACCAGUUUGCCCGGUUCGUGGGAACCUUCCUGGACGCUGUCGAGUCGGUGGUGGCGGUGGAUGGAGCAACGCUGUCUCGUCUCUCCUCGCAUCUUUACAUCGCUGCGAUUGGCCUUGUGGAUGGCAGCAUGGGCGGCUGCAGCCUGCACACUCCCGCAUUCACCUACACUGCUGUGUUCACCCAAACCGGGUCCUACAAAGUGGAGUGUGGGCGGUUUGGGGCCGAUAUGACUGCGACAAUACAUGUUGUGGAUGAUAGCGAGGAUGACACUACUUUUCUCCUCGACCUGUACUUUGAUGCCAACACCAGCGCCAAUACCACCACCAAUGCCACAACCCCACGUCUCUCCCCACUUACCUCCUCCUGCUACCCCGGCUGCUCUUUCGGCAACCUAGCCGAUGGCCGCUGCGACCCCCUCUGCAACAACCACCACUGCGCCUUCGACGGGGGUGACUGCGAGUGCGCUACUCUGGCUGGCAGUGGCGGGGGAGUGGGAGGGGAGUGUCCCUGCCCUGCUGGGCAGACCAGGUCGGAGGCAGGCUCGUGUUGUCCCACCGAUGCUGUGGGUACGAGCCUGCUGUUUCCAUUCCAGCUGCGCUCGUUCGGGCCGGACGCGCAUGCGAGCAACACGCAGUUCUCGGAGCUGUAUGAAAAGCCGCUGCACCGACACGUGACGGAGAGGAACAGGCUGCUAGUGGGCCUGUAUGUGCUGCAGACUCGCUGGGGCUCCCGCGAAUGUCCAUCCAAAAAGUUUUCAAGCAUCUGGCCGCACUGUCUAACCAACGCCACCAGCCUGACGUCCUUCGGCAUCAACCCGCGCUUCCUCUCCACCUCGGACCUCUUCGACCCCAUUGUGGCCGCCACCAACCAGACUGGCCUCGAGAAUUCUACUCUCAGCUCUGCUCCUCUCUUCAACGACGAGGGGCUGCCUUAUGGAUUCGUGCCCCCCACGGACGGUCUGGAGUCCUAUCCGCUGAUAUUCGACAUCAAUCUGCACCGAGUGGCGGCCACCAAGCGUCUGCAGUACCUUGUAGACGGAUUCUUCUUCGACAACCUCACCAAGUCCAUUGAGUUCGCGCUCAUCACCUAUAACGCGGAUGUCAACAUGUUUGUGCUCUCCAAGGUCCGCAUAGAGGUAGACGUGGGCGGUAAGCUGGGCUACACGUACCGCCUGGUGCCGAUCCCAGUGGAGCCCUAUUCGUCCGCGUCCUCCUACGCUCAGAUGGUGCUUGAGAUCAUCUACGUGGUGUGUGUGGCGUACAACCUGCUGGAGGAGGUCAACGAGAUGUUCCAGACGUACCGCCGCUCGGGGAGCUUCCUCCACCAUUUUCGGCAGUUUGGCAACUGGAUUGAUCUGCUCUCGCUGUCGAUUCAAGUCUGGGGUAUCGUCGUCUGGAUCAUCAUGGUACAGCAGCUCUCGCUUCUCUCAGACAUCAGCGUUCGCUACAACGUGUACACCUCUCUCGACGACGCUGAAGGAAUCAUCAUGCUGCAGCAGCUCCCGCCUCUCUCAGACAUCAGCAUUCGCUACAACGUGUACACCUCUCUUGCUCUGUCUCUCGCACCCUCAUAUGCACACCCCCAUCUCCCCCCCCAACCCCUCUCUCCUCUCAGGAUCAUCAUGCUGCAGCAGCUCCCGCCUCUCUCAGAUAUCAGCAUUCGCUACAACGUGUACACCUCUCUUGCUCUGUCUCUCUCACCCUCACAUGCACUCCCCCAUCUCCCCCCCCAACCCCUCUCUCCUCUCAGGAUCAUCAUGCUGCAGCAGCUCCCGCCUCUCUCAGACAUCAGCAUUCGCUACAACGUGUACACCUCUCUUGCUCUGUCUCUCUCACCCUCACAUGCACACCCCCAUCUCCCCCCCCAACCCCUCUCUCCUCUCAGGAUCAUCAUGGUACAGCAGCUCUCGCCUCUCUCUGAUAUCAGUGUGCGCUACAACGUGUACACGUCCCUCGACGACACGGCAGCGCAGUUCUGGGCGGUCAACACGACGAAUGGAGGCUUUGAGAGGGCGAUGCAGGUGUAUCGCACCAUGGAUGAUAUCAUCAAUCUGCGCUCCUUCUACUUUGCCAUCCAAGGAAUCAACGUCUUCCUCAUGGUGCAGCGGCUGCUCAAGCUGAUGGACUUCCAGCCGCGGAUCGGCAUAAUCACGCGCACCAUGGCAGCAGCCCUUCCCGCCAUCCUGCACUUCUUCCUCGUCUUCGGAAUCAUCUUCCUCGGAUUCUCCUUCUACGCCUACCUCGUCUUUGGCCGAACGCUCGAGCAAUUCCGCACCAUCCCCAACUCCAUGCUCUCCUGCUUCUUCAUGCUCAUUCAAGACAACGCGACGGCGUAUUAUUUCGUGAUGCUGGAGGGUUGGGAGCGGCUGGCGGCGUUUGUGUUCUGGCUGUCGUUUAUCAUCAUCAUGGUGUUUAUUCUGAUGAACGUCGUGAUUGCGAUUGUGGUGGAUGCGUUUAUGGAUGUGAAAGAGGCGGCUCAGGAGGAGACAGCGCUCCCGAUUGAUAUAUGGAUCCUUCUAAGGAAUCUCUGGCAGCGGAUUUGCACGCCGUAUUGGAGCCUGAGGAAGCUGAGGCAUCAUUUACUGUUUCUGGGCACGCAUGAGAAGACCAGAGAGGAGGAGGAGGCACUAGCGCAGCAGCGCAAGUCGGCUCUGGCAGAGGUGGCGGGGAUGAUUCGCAAGGGGUGCUUUAUGUCGAAGCAGGAGCGCGAGACGCUGAGGCGGAUCCACCAGACGAAGAGGGUGGUGGAUGUGGGAAUUGAUAAGAUGGAUAUAAUGUCGCUCUAUGCCCUCAUGAACCGCACCUACGAGCGCAAGAUGGCGUCUAUGAGUCCCACCAAGGCAGCCAGCAAGUCCCAUCAGGUCGACCCGGUAACCAUAGCCGAAUCAGUCAUGGGGCAAUUCGGGGAGGACGUGGAGGUGGCACUCCUAGGGGAGAAGCCCAAGAAGGGCAAGAGCGGGGAAAUGUCUCACAUCAAGCGGUCCCUACAGCGUCUGGAAGAGAACGCGGAUGAAACCGCGUAUGUGCUGCUGCAGGUGCAAGAAUCAUUGGAGAAAAUGAGAAGGGAGCAGGAGGAGAUGCAGCAGCAGCAGCAGCUGAUGCUGUUAAGAGGGUCUGGGAAGGAGAGGCCGCAGGAGUUGGGGUUGGGAAGGGGUGGAAGGCAGUGGAGUAGGUUGCCUUUGCCUGCCAUGUCGAGACGCUAUGACAGUCGCACGACGACGUUUUCUCCGGAAGGCCGUUUGUUCCAGGUGGAGUAUGCAAUGGAGGCCAUCAGUCACGCAGGAUCCGCCAUAGGCAUUCUCGCCACGGACGGCGUGGUGCUGGCAGCGGAGAAGCGCAUCACGUCGAAGCUGCUGGAGAGCAGCAAGACCAACGAGAAGAUGUACCGAAUCGACGACCACGUGGCCGCUGCUGUCGCUGGGAUUACUGCUGAUGCGAACAUUCUUGUCAACUCGGCCCGGCUUGCUGCCCAGCGCUACACGUACGCGUAUCAGGAGCCCAUUCCCAUGGAGCAGUUGGUGCAGUCUCUGUGCGACACCAAGCAGGGCUACACGCAGUUUGGUGGCCUGCGUCCCUUCGGCGUCUCCUUCCUUUUUGCAGGCUGGGACAAGCAUCAUCAGUUCCAGCUGUACCACUCAGACCCCUCAGGGAACUACGGGGGGUGGAGGGCGUGUGCCAUAGGAGCCAAUCACGGCGCAGCACAGUCGCUGCUGAAGCAGGAAUACAAGGAGGAGAAAGGGCCGGGAGGAGAGGCGAUUCCAGGGAUGGACCUGGAGGGGGCAGUGCAGCUGGCGCUGAAGGUGCUGAGUAAGACCAUGGACAGCACAAGCCUGAGUGCAGAGAAGAUUGAACUGGCUAAAGUGUGCCUGGAGGAUGGACAAGUCAGGUACCGUGUGUUUGGGGCAAAGGAGAUUGAUGAGUUGCUGCUGAAGUAUGAAAUGGCUCAACCCAAGGAGGAGGAGAGAUGA